CGUAGCGAGUACCCGGAGGGAGGAGGGGCCUCAGACUGGCGCAGGGCUAGCGGAGAGAAGCACGUUCGGACGCUCCUAGUUAAUCACAAUCUUCUGACUUUCAACAAAGCUGUUGGUGUCGGUGAGCGGCUGUAUACAGCGUUAGAGAAAUGGGGAACCGAGUGGGCCGUGAGGACUACGAGUGGGUCUACACGGACCAGCCGCACGCAGACAGAAGAAAAGAAAUUCUGGCUAAAUAUCCAGAAAUCAAGUCCUUGAUGGGUCCAGAUCGGAGGCUGAAGUGGAUUGUGUGCAUGAUGGUGGGGAUCCAGUUCUUGGCGUUCUACCUGGUCAAAGACUUGGACUGGAAGUGGGUUCUGUUUUGGACAUACGCGUUUGGCAGCUGCAUCAACCACUCCAUGACCCUGGCCAUUCACGAGAUCUCGCACAACACCGCCUUCGGGAACAACAAAGCUAUGUGGAACCGCUAUUUCGCCAUGUUCGCCAACCUGCCCAUCGGUUUGCCAUACUCGGCCUCCUUCAAGCGCUACCACCUGGACCACCAUCGCUACCUGGGCGGUGACGGCAUCGACGUGGACAUCCCCACUGACUUCGAAGGCUGGUUCUUCUGCACCCGCCUCCGCAAGUUUGUCUGGAUCAUCCUGCAGCCGCUGUUCUACGCCGUGCGGCCACUCUGCAUCAACCCCAAACCAGUCAGCCAGCUGGAGCUGACCAACGUGGCUGUGCAGCUCUGCUUUGACGUCCUGCUGUCCUGGACAUGGGGGGCCAAGCCUGUGGUCUACAUGCUGGCCGGCUCCAUGCUGGGGAUGGGCUUGCACCCCAUCUCUGGCCACUUCAUCGCUGAGCACUACAUGUUCCUGAAGGGCCAUGAAACAUACUCGUACUACGGCUGCCUCAACCUCCUCACCUUCAAUGUGGGCUACCACAAUGAGCACCACGACUUCCCCAGCAUCCCAGGGCGAAGGCUUCCUUUGGUGAAGAAGAUGGCUCCUGAGUACUACAAUGACCUGCCGCAGUACACGUCCUGGGUGAGGGUCCUGUAUGACUUCAUCAUGGACGACACGUUGAGCCCGUACUCCCGGAUCAAGAGGAAGUUAAAGGGAGAGGUCAAACAGGAGUGACCGAAACUGCAGCAUCCACAUGACUGAGGCCUUCUCACAUAUCUCUACUGCUUCCUGCUUCCGUUCAGCUCAGUCCAACACAGGCAGAUUUACUUUUGUGUUUUUGCACAAAAAGGCCUUCAAUUGUGGAUAAAAAGAUGUUACUGAGAUUUUUACUUGUUGCGAUAUAAUUAUAUAUGUCUGCUUCACUUCAAGCCCAUCAGACGUUUUUAGAGUUGGGGUUGUGUUGAGUACUUAUAAAUCAUUAGUAUCUGAGCUGGUCAGAGUGUUUUUUUUUUUUGUUGUUUUUUUUAGUUCUGAUUAAUCUAGAGAUGAAAUGGUUGCCAUUGUAACACUGUAUGUUAAAAUAAAAUGACUCCUGCUUUUGUAAGCUCGGUUUUGAAGCUUUCCUGUCAGUUUCAUUUCUAAUUCGUCAUAACAGCUUUGCUGCAGUUAUAUUGGCUCUAACAGGGCAGCUGCAGUGGAAUAAUAUGAGGACCAAUUUGCUAUGGUGAUUUCCAUAGUACAUACAAAGCGUGUGGGUGGGUUUAUAGGGUUUAUGUAUGUGCAGUGUUAGUUAUGGAUUCGAAACUAAAACGUAAAGGAGAUGUGUUGAGCUAAAGUCAAACCAUAUGUGAGCUGGUUUAAACUUUAAACUUUGUGACACGUCUCUAUAAAUUGGCUGACCUUUUGACCUCCUGGCUUUUCUUUCUGGGUUCUCUGAUAUCCCAGCACCGGCGCUCAGUAUUUCCAUCCCAGUAGAACUUUUUUCUCUGUGUUCUUAUUUUUUUUCCUGGGAUUCUGCCAGAAUUGGACAGAGUUUAGCACGACCUGGCUAGUAACCCUCAGGCAUAGCUGCAGCAGUGACAUGGACAUGUUUCAUUUUAGUCAAUCAUUGAGUGAAAAGAUCUUUGUAUUUCUGUGUUGGUCUGCUUCACACAACCCCACCUCUGAAAAUCAGCAGUGGUCUGGCGAGGACGUUAAAGAAAAUUUAAAUGAAAAUCAAUUAUUAGACAGUUUGAAUAGAUUCAGCUGUAUUGUGCUGAAGGUGAUCGUAAAUAUUCUCAGUAAUGUUGCAGAUGGAGGCUUCUCGUGCUGAAAAGCUCGAGGGGAAGCCUGCGUCCGAAUCUGUCUGCCAUCUUGGUUUACCGCUCAGAUUAACUAACCCACGCGAACCUUUCCCACACUCUCAAGGCCUCAGUGAUGCAACUGUUCCCGCUUAUUUGACAAAGGUCAAUGUGUGUCCAUGACAACUCGAGUGUUUAUGGGGCUACCAAUGCACUAAAGUCCCUGAAAGUUGGCACACGCUACAAGUGUUGUGGAUGUUACAGUGAUAACAGAGUGGAGCUUUCAGAACUCUGACUUGUCUCAUGUCUAGAGAUGCUAACAGGCGAUAGCCACAUCUCUGCUUGAAGACCCUCACUGCUCAGUCUGCUGCUGCUGGGUGCAGUGUGACCUUCAGAUGUCCUCCACCCUGAACUGCUAUAUUCUAGGUCAUGGAUGUGAAGCACAGAGCAUCGUCAUGGGUAGGAUCUGUGCAAAUGAACUGAGGCUGUUGUAAUAUGCUGCUAUCAGAGAUUCCUACCUGUUUCCAGAAUGCAGCUUCUCUCUCCCAGUAUUCAUCACCAGAAAAGUUUAAUACCGCCUUGUUCUAAUCCUCCUCCUGAAAUUAAAGCUGCUCCUGCCUCAUUCUGUACUUUCUGUUCGAAGCAAGCUGUGACUCAGUGAACAUGAAGUCUGCUCUGCUUGCUUAGUUUAUUGAUUUCAUGUUCAGUAUUGUGAUUUUUAACUCGAUGCAAUAAAAACUAAUACUUAUUUUCAUACACUG